AAAUCCCUAAACCUACCAUUAUCUCCGUCGUGGCCGGGUGAAGAAAUGGCCUCCCUCCUGCGGUUCGGAGGCCAACGUCUCAUAUCUCGGAGCUCGCCUCCAAUUUCUCUACUCCGGUGCUAUUCUCUGACGGCGAAGAGGGACGAUUCCGGCGAAGAAGAGCUUGAGUUUUUCGACCAGCGAAAGCUCCCAGCCGACUACAAUCCCUCCAAUUUCGAUCCCACAGAGCACCGCACCCCGCCGGCCGAUCGCGUAUGGCGCCUCGUCGACGAGAUCUCUUCCCUCACACUCACGGAGGUCGCCGAGCUCUCCUCCAUUCUCAUGCGGAAGGCGGCCCUCAGUGAGCCCCCCAUCAUCGGCGUCAUAAAGCCCGGCGCUGCUUUACCUGGAGCUGCUGGCGCUGGUUUGGGGACAGCGGCUGACGCUAAGGAGGAGGAGAAGCCGGAGAAGACGGUGUUUGAGCUGAAGCUCGAAUCAUUCGAGGCUGCUUCCAAGAUUAAGGUUAUAAAGGAGGUGAGGGCGUUCACGGACUUGGGUUUGAAGGAGGCCAAGGAGUUGGUGGAGAAGAGUCCAUCUGUUAUCAAGAGUGGAGUUUCUAAAGAAGAGGCGGAGCAGAUCGUUGAGAAAAUGAAGGCUGCUGGAGCUAAGGUCAUCAUGGCCUGAUGAUUUGGGGAACAGAAGAUUUCAGAGGAGACAUCCUAACAUUGC